CUAGGGAGGCGGGUGCUGGGGCAGGGACCCGAGCAAAUAAAAUACCCCUGGGGCGUUGCUCCUCCGAGAGUGCCGGGAAUCACCAGCUGGGGAGCACAGGGAGCCGGGGCGGGACCGGGCGGGGCCCGGGCCCCCCGCCUCCCCCGGCACCUCCCCCGGCCCAGAGACCGGUACCCGCCCGGUCCGGAGCGCAGCGCGGCAGCAUCGCGGCCGGAGCGCGGCCAUGGGCUCCCGGCUGAGCCGGCAGAGCAGCCUGGAGGAGGAAAGCACCGAGGAUCCCUGCACCGGCAGGCUGGAGGGCGGCCGGGGAGAGUUCCACCUCUCCUCCCUGCUCCUCCACCCGCAGAAGCUGCCGGGGGUGCUGCGGAAAGCCUCGCCGGCGCCCUACGUGCGGCGGGUGGGGUGGCUGCGGGAGAUCCAGGCCACCAUCCGGGAGCACAAGCGGGAGCACGCCGUGCACAUCCUCAGGCUGCUUAGGAAGGACCUGGGACUGGAAGGAACAUUCCUCAAUGAAGUGCUCUACAAAAAUGCGACUUUCCUCAACUUGGUGGAUCCCAUCUCCCAUGACUUGCUGAUGAGCCUCGCUAGAGAUCUGCAGUGUCCCAAAAAGGAAUAUGACCCCUGGAAAUCCUCGGACAGGAUCUGCAGGCAGCUGAUUUACCACCUAACCCCCCACUCGAAAUGGCACCGGCACGGCAUGCCCCGGAGGAAGUCCCAAGCGUGCCUGAAGACCAGCCUGCAGAAGAAGGUGAGCCAGGACUCCAUGGAUUUGUCAGGGAUCCCUCUGACCAUGCGGGAUGUCCACCGCAUGGCCUACUACCUGCAGAACAAUGGGGACCACCUCACCUCUGUAGACCUGAGCUUCACUGAGCUGAAUGAUGACAUGGUGCGCCUGCUGCUGCCCUUCCUCUGGGCACUACCCAAGCUCACUCACCUUUCCCUUAAUGGCAACCGGCUGACGCGGGCGACCAUGAAGGAGCUGACUGACACCAUGAAGGACAUGAACAAGUUCCCUUGCCUGGCCUGGGUUGACCUCGGCAACAAUGUGGACGUCUCCUCCAUGCCACAGCCAUUGCUUGUGGGCCUGCGCAAGCGCCUCAGCCAGCAGACCACACUGCCUACCAUCUAUGAGGCGCUCGACUGCGACUCAGAGAUCUCCAGCGGGCACGAGGGCAGCCAGCCAGAGGACGAAGCAGCAGGAAGCACCCCACCACGUGCUUUCUCUCAGCAGGGCUGUGAGAGGUGACUGGACAACAGGCCAGCACUGGCACACUGAAGUGGCCCCAAGAAGAAGUCUUGAGUACAAACAUCAAGCAGAGGGCCAGCUUUACCGGCUUCCUUUGGCUCUUUUCUCUCGCCUUCCCUGACAUCUCCCCCCCGGAACCUGCUGUGAGACAAAAGCCUGCCAUCCCCCCACAACAUGCUCCGCUCCCUCCCCUCGCUGCCAAACCCAUCACCCAUGUUCCGGAGAGGAACCAGUGACUUACAGUGAACCUGGUCCCCAGGCAGGGUCUCACUGGAAGACGGGAAAAGACCUGUCGGAGUCAAGAAUAUCCUCCAGCAGCCAUUGGGUUGUGGGAAAGGGAUGGGGGGGAACCUAAAACAGAAACAGGCUUGUAGUUAACUUCCUUUCUUCCUUUUCCUAUGCACCUUGGAAACCUUGGGACCUGCAGCCUUGAGUGUGAAAGGAGGUACCCCAAGAGCCUAGCUGCUGUGGAGCUUAGUUGAAGGGCUCAGAGGCCAGAGCUGGAGCCCGGCAGUGUGUCUCCCUCUUGUGUCUGGCUCCUUUUGUUUUGUUUUUUUUCCUAUUGUGUGUUUUGUAUUAACGUCUGAACAAAGGGACUUGGUCAGAGACCAUUGGAUUGCAUAGGCUGGGGCGGACUGAUGGCUUGGAACUGCAGCAUCAGGAUAUUUGCUGUGUGACCGGGGUGAGAGGGAGGGGAAGGAGGUAUGUGUUGGUGGGAGCAUGGGGGAUGGGAUGAGUUGGGAUGGGAUGGGAGGAGGGGGGAGGAGAGGGAGGGGGAACAGUCUUGCGGAAACUUCAAUCCUGCUUUUGUACUAAAAUUACAAGUUCCAAGUAAAAUUGAGGAAAAGCAGACAGCUAAGCAUAUAACUGUGGCGCUAGAGGAGCAAGCAGUGACUGUGCCAGAGGUGGGCACUUCCCAAAAUAAAGCGCAAACCUUUGGCCCCUCAUGGCACAUUGCAUACCUUGUAAUACAGACAUGACAUGAGCAGCUGCAUUGCCAUUUCCAAUGCUGUCCAAAACCCAAACCAUUGAUGCAAUAUUUCUAAUGUUUUCCACAUGCUCAUGCUCUAUGUAAACAUAAUAAACAGUUCUCUUGGACAUGAGCGUGAAGCACUACAAAGUCUGAGUAUCCGGGUUGUUCACAAAUCAAGCCAGCAAGACAGACACUGCAAGAAUCUAGACCAGUAGUUCUCAUGCAGUGCCUCAGCAGUGUGGGAGAAGAUCAGCAGGUACCAUUCACAUUGGUGAGAGUAGGUAAUUUCUCUAAGGAAAGUGAAACAUAGAUGUUAAUUUGUGGUAGGCUGCUGCCCUUUGUGUUGCAAGGUACUGAUACAAAUAAACUGAUGAGACUUUA